GUAUAUUCUCCUAUUGGCCUUGAUCGGGGUCUGCAGGGGACAGUCACGACUGGGCUCCUACAACCUGGAAAGUUCAGUGUCUGUUUCAGGUAUAUCCUCUGGGGCUUACAUGGCCAACCAGUUCCAUGUCUCACUUUCUGGCAGAGUUGUGGGGGCAGCAAUGUUUGCAGGAGGACCAUAUUACUGUGCCAUUGGAAAUGCACUGACAGCAACAAACGCUUGCAUGAAAUUUCCUUCCAGCAUCAGCCUUUUCUCCCUAAAAGCCUAUACCGAAAGCUGCGCCAUUACAGGGUUAAUAGAUCCUUUGUCAAAUCUGGCACGUGGCCGAGUCUUUAUCUUCUCGGGAACUCAAGACUCUGUUGUUGUCCAGGGUGUAUCAAAAAAACUGGAGGCAUUUUAUGCCUCAUAUAUUUCUUCUGGAGCAAUUAAAACCGUAUACACUGUUGCAGCAGAGCAUGCAAUGCCCACUGACAGCUAUGGUGGAGCCUGCGGAUCAUUGAACAAUGAAUAUAUUAACAACUGCAACUAUAAUGGGGCUUAUGAAGCUCUGAACCACAUCCAUGGAGGUCUGCAGAAACCAAGCAGCAGUGCAGUGCAAUCUGGACAGCUGAUUUUGUUUGAUCAAACGGAAUUCUUCAAUUUGGCCCCUGCCAUUACUUACGGAAUGGAUACCUCAGGCUACAUAUAUGUUCCCACAGCUUGUAGGGAUGGAGCGAGAUGCAGGCUCCAUAUUGCAUUCCAUGGCUGUCUCCAGGGAAGGGAGAAAGUUGUAGACAAGUUUGCCCGAUACGCUGGAUACAACCAGGUGGCCGACCUCAAUAACUUUAUCAUUCUGUAUCCUCAAGCCAGAACUAUCAUGACUAACCCCAAUGGAUGCUGGGACUGGUGGGGAUACACUGGUUUGGCCUACGCCACCAAGAAUUCCUUCCAGGUGUCAGGGGUGCAAAGAAUGAUGCUAAGAGCUAUGGGGCAAUAUUGAGGAACCAACGCUAUGACCUGAUUGGGAUAAAAAAAAGAACAUA